AUGAACAGGGCACGACGACAGCCACAACGACGGCAGAGGAAGCCCGCCAAGGGUAGUCAAGAGAAAAGUCAAGUCUCUGGUGUGCGAGUUUAUGAAUUGGCGACACAAUACAACCUAACAAACAAGGAGCUUAUUGCUCUACUUGAAGCGCGUGGCGUUCGCGUUAAAAGCGGGAUGAGUGCCCUCGAUCCGGACACCAUCGCGCUUAUUGAAUCAGAAUUGGCUGGCGAACCGGUGGAGAAAACCGUUUCUACGCCCGAAGAUGCUGUUGAAAACGCCUCAGCGUCGGAAGAAACUGCUACAACCAAUGGUUUGCAGGUUAUAGAAGGUACCACUGUCGCUGACCUUGCAAAAUCGCUGGAGUUGCAACCUUCAGCGUUGAUUAUGCGUCUCAUGAAGUUAAAGGUGAUGGCGAGCAUAAAUCAGCGGCUUGAUUACGAUACGCUUGUGAUGCUUGGGGAGUCCCUGAAUUUUGAGGCGGUUAAGCUAAGAACGCUUGAAGAUGAACUGUUGACCGAGAUACCUGAUGACCCAGCAUCUUUACAACCUCGAGCUCCGGUGGUCACAAUCAUGGGACAUGUUGAUCAUGGCAAAACAUCUCUUUUAGACUCUAUUCGUCAAUCAAAUAUCAGUGAAUCUGAGGCGGGUAACAUAACACAGCAUAUUGGAGCUUAUCACGUAAAAUUAAAAGGUGGGAGCAUCGUUUUCUUAGAUACGCCGGGGCACGCCGCUUUUACCGCGAUGCGAGCACGCGGCGCACAAGUGACCGAUAUUGUCGUUCUUAUUGUCGCAGCUGACGACGGAGUCAUGCCUCAGACAAUUGAGGCGAUCAAUCACGCAAGAGCCGCGAAGGUUCCAAUUGUAGUCGCAAUUAAUAAAAUAGAUAUGCCUGGGGCACGUGUAGACUACGUUAAACAACAAUUGGCUACCCAGGAACUCCUACCAGAGGACUGGGGUGGACAAACAAUUUGUGUUGAAACUUCCGCGAUAGAUGGAACUGGGAUUGACUUUUUGCUUGAAAUGCUCCUUUUGGAAGCUGCUCUACUUGAGCUCAAAGCAAACCCAAAUAAGGCAGCACGUGGUGUUGUUAUUGAAGCACAGGUUGACAAGGGACGCGGUGCCAUCGCAACCGUUCUCGUACAGUCUGGUACAUUGAGGGUUGGUGAUGUUUUUGUUUCAGGUAGGUACUCCGGAAAAGUUAGAGCAAUGAUGGACAAUUUCGGGAAACGGAUGAAAGAAAUUGGUCCUUCAUGCCCUGUUGAGGUACUCGGUUUCACCGGCGUACCAGAAGCAGGCGACAAAUUCUAUGUCGUUGAAUUCGAUAAAGACGCACGUACUAUCAGUGAAACCCGUCAGGACCGGUAUCGCAAUGAAAAACUCGGGGCAAAUAGCCACGUCAGUUUGGAUAACCUAUUCCAACAAAUUCAGGAAGGCGAGAUUAAAGAAUUAAACGUUGUUCUUAAAGGCGAUGUGCAAGGUUCCGUACAAGCCGUCGCCUCAUCACUGCUCGAAUUGAGUGCCGAUGAGGUUAAGAUCAAUAUUAUUCAUCAAGCGGUCGGAGGGAUCACCGAAACCGAUAUUUUGCUCGCCUCUGCUUCUGAUGCAAUUGUCGUCGGUUUCAAUGUUCAUCCUACGACCGAGGCAGUGCAGGCUAAAGAGACUGAGGGAAUUGAUGUUCGGACCUACAACGUCAUUUAUAAUCUCAUCUCCUAUAUCCAUUCGGCUAUGGAAGGCUUGCUUGAUCCUGAGGUACGAGAAGUCGUUAUCGGGCGUGCUGAGGUCCGUGAAUUAUUUAAGGUGCCACGCCGCGGUUUGGUUGCCGGUAGUUACGUCAAUUGGGGGCGAAUUUCCUUCAGCCAACCCCUUCGUAUCCUUCGCGACAAUCGAUUGAUUCACGAGGGUAAAGUCAAUUCGCUUCGCCGGUUCAAGGAUAAUGUCAAUGAGGUGCAAGCGAACUACGAAUGUGGAAUAGGAAUUGAGACGUUCGAUGAUUUGAAGGUCGGUGAUGUCCUUGAAUGUUAUGUUCACGAACAUAUAGCGCGCUCACUUUCAUAA